UUCCCCCUCCUACUUAACAAAACAACGAAGUCUCGUGUUUUCAUAGGUCAACCUGCAAGCUGAAGAUUGCGGCGAACCUGUACCCUCCCCGCGCACGUUAUCAAAGUGCGCUGCCACCGCCGCACCCGAACUUAAAACCCAUGGAGGAGGAAGGAUCCAACUCUAACGCCCGAAAGGCCAACAAGAAGUCCAAAUGGGCCUUAUACAAAGCCCAAGCCCAACCACUCUUCUUCGCAAUCGCGCGAAAACCGUUCUUCAACAAAACCCUAGCUACCUUCUCCGCAAUCCUCGCAUCCUACAUUCUCUUCUACGCCUUCUACCUCCGCCACGAUUCAUCCACCCUCGACAUCACCUACAUCACCGACUUAACUUCCGCCGCAACUUCAGUCGCCGCCGACAACGGAACGAGCUCUCCCUCCGUCAAGGUCUUCCUCCACGAUCUCCCCCGGCGAUUCACCUACGGCGUCAUUGCCGGCCACUCCGCCGCCCGCGGCCGUCGUAUUUCCGAAGACGAUGACGUGUCCUCCCUCAAGUAUCCCGGCCACCAGCACAUGGGGGAGUGGUACCUCUUCUCGGAUCUCAUACGACCCGAGUCAGAGCGGGUUGGGUCUCCCGUGACCCGCGUGAUGGACCCGGAUGAGGCGGAUCUGUUCUACGUGCCGUUCUUCUCGUCGCUGAGCUUGAUCGUGAACACGGCCCGAUCCGCGGACGGGUCCGGCCCGGUUUACAGCGACGAGGAGAACCAGGAGGCGCUGGUGGAGUGGCUUGAAGAGCAGGAGCACUGGAGGAGGAACAACGGGAGGGACCACGUGUUCAUUGCGUCGGAUCCGAAUGCGCUGGGUCGGGUCAUGGAUCUGGUCAGGAAUAGCGUGCUGCUGGUUGCGGACUUCGGGAGGUUGAGAGGGGACCAGGGUUCGCUGGUGAAGGACGUAGUUGUGCCGUACUCGCACCGUAUCAGAACGUACGAGGGUGACAUUGGCCUCCACAAUCGUAACACCUUGUUGUUCUUUAUGGGGAAUCGAUAUCGCAAAGAGGGAGGGAAAAUUCGUGAUGUACUAUUUCAAAUUCUCGAAAAUGAAGAGGAUGUCAUAAUAAAGCAUGGAACACAAUCCACUGAGAGUAGACGAGCAGCUUCACAUGGAAUGCAUACAUCAAAGUUCUGUUUACAUCCUGCUGGAGAUACUCCAUCGGCCUGCCGACUCUUUGAUGCUAUUGUUAGCUUGUGUGUUCCAGUGGUUGUUAGUGAUAGUAUUGAGUUGCCCUUUGAAGAUAUUAUAGAUUAUAGAAAGAUUGCAAUUUUUGUUGAAUCUUCUCCUGCUGUAAAGCCAGGAUAUUUGGUGUCAACGUUGAGAGAAGUUACCCCAUAUAGGAUCCUGGAAUAUCAGAAGGAACUAAAAGAGGUGAAGAGAUACUUUCAGUAUGGUGAACCAGAUGGAACAGUUAAUGAAAUCUGGCGCCAAGUUAUAAAAAAGUUACCCUUGAUUAAACUAAUGAUCAACCGUGACAAAAGGCUGGUCAGAAAGGAACCUGACUGCUCUUGCAUAUGUGCUAACCAGACUGCUAUUGGAACCUUACAGCACGUUUCCCAAACAAAGGUGUUUGACAUCUAAAGCUUGUGGCUCUCUUCGUCCUGUUAUUUCACUCUAAUGAGGAAGUUUAAUUUAUACUGUCACUGGAGGAAGAAUGUCUCGAAUCUGAUACAUCUUGAGGCUGAGUGACCCUUGUUUCUUUCAUAGGAUUUUUAGCUGCCAUGCUACAAGUAUAACUAGCCCACUUUUCGUUGGGUUGCUAUAGAUACCAAGGAUAAGGCUAAGGCAAAAUUGGAGUUAUACGUUACUGAAUUGUACAGGGUAGGGAAUAAAGUCGUAAUUAUUUUAUUCAAAUAAGGUAAUAAUUAUUGUUAUUCUUUAGGAAAAAGUGCGUGACAUUUUAAAGGAUGUAAAGUUGUGUCAUUUUAAGAGAGAGAAAGAGACAGACAAAGGAAGAGAGUGAGUUGACAAAAAAAUAAAAGUGUGGAUUCUACUUCUUUGUGAGAGUAAAAUAAUAUAAGUUGUGUUAUUU